UUGCCUGAGAAGACCACGGUGCCUGGAGCCCCCACCAUCUUCCCAAGGAGGCUCUGUGGCUCUGUUGAAGAUCAUGCUUGGGAGGCAGCUCAUCUGUUGGCAACUACUGGCUUUGUUUUUUCUCCCAUUUUGCCAGUGUCAAGAUGAAUACAUGGAGGUGAGCGGAAGAGCUAAUAAAGUGGUGGCAAGAAUAGUGCAGAGCCACCAGCAGACUGGCCGUAGCGGCUCCAGGAGGGAGAGAGUGAGAGAGCGGAGCCAUUCUAAAACUGGGACUGUGGAUAAUAACACUUCUACAGACCUUAAAACUCUGAGACCCGAUGAGCUACCGCACCCAGAGGUGGAUGAUCUAGCCCAGAUCACCCCGUUCUGGGGCCAGUCUGCACAAACUGGAGGACUGCCCCCUGACUGCAGCAAAUGCUGUCAUGGAGACUACAGCUUCCGUGGCUAUCAAGGACCCCCUGGACCUCCAGGCCCUCCAGGUAUUCCAGGGAACCACGGAAACAAUGGAAAUAAUGGAGCCACUGGCCAUGAAGGGGCCAAAGGUGAGAAAGGAGACAAAGGUGACCUGGGUCCUCGAGGGGAACGGGGGCAGCAUGGCCCCAAAGGAGAGAAGGGAUACCCAGGGAUUCCACCAGAGCUGCAGAUUGCAUUUAUGGCUUCUUUGGCAACUCACUUCAGCAAUCAGAACAGUGGGAUUAUCUUCAGCAGUGUUGAGACCAACAUUGGCAACUUUUUUGAUGUCAUGACUGGCAGAUUUGGGGCCCCUGUAUCAGGUGUGUAUUUCUUCACCUUCAGCAUGAUGAAGCACGAAGAUGUUGAGGAAGUGUAUGUGUACCUUAUGCACAAUGGAAAUACAGUCUUCAGUAUGUACAGCUAUGAGACAAAGGGAAAAUCGGAUACAUCCAGCAACCAUGCAGUGCUGAAGCUCGCCAAAGGGGAUGAGGUUUGGCUGAGAAUGGGCAAUGGUGCCCUUCAUGGGGACCACCAGCGCUUCUCUACCUUUGCAGGCUUCCUGCUUUUUGAAACUAAGUAAACGGAUGAAUA